AUAUAUAUGUACAUAUGUGUAUAUGUAUAUGAUUCUUUGCAUCAGAGAAGUCCAUUGUCAAGAUUCAGGUCGAAUUCUGAUUUGACAAGGUUUUCUCCUAUUCCCUGUAAUUUACGUAUAAUAUUCUGAAAAUAAAGCAGAAUCUUAUGCCUUUCCAGUCUGUUUGAUAGGACAUUACCUAAUGCUGCCCUUUCAGAAGGCCAUACUUAAUUGGUGAGAUGGAUAAUUCCAGGUCGGGGGUAAAUGAUGUCUUGCUGUGUCAGGAAGCAAUGAAGCAGUCAAAAACUAAUACAAUUGUGCAAAGAGAAGCCCCCUCCCGUUGGCCAAAAGUAUGACAAUUUCGACAUCAAAAGUAGCAGUGGUUAUAGCAUAUUAAUGCACAUUGAAUCAAUAAAAAUAUAUGAGUCCAUAAUGAAACUCAAAAAGCAAAAGCUAGGAAAAUACGUUUAUGCCACAACUUGAGAUGACUACUAAACCAACUCACUACAUUAAGAAUUUGACACUGAAGGGCAAUCAUUAUUUACCUUCUCUUUCCAAUAUGAACUGCACUGGGGAUAAUGAGACAGCUGAGUUGAUGAGAGAAAGCUCUAUUUUAAAAGAAAAAAAGACCAUCAAUAAUAUAGAAUAAAUGAUAGAAUUAGAAAAAUCAACAUUAGAUACGUAGUUUAAUGCAGAUCUAGACAGUGAUCUAAGGGAGAAAAAGUAGCUGUACAAUGGAAGGAUUAUAUGUUCAAUCUCUUGACCCACUGUCAACUUAAGCAUCAGCAAUGGCCAGUCAACCAGGCUUUAUGUGCACAGCAUCACUUAAGAUGUAGUCUAAUCCUAAAUGUCUAAUUUGAAUUUAUAAACGUUUAGAUCUGACUUUCAGCUUACAGGAAAUAUGGGAGAUAGAGGAAAAGACAAAAUGACUCCCUGAGGAAAUACCCAGACACGCCCAGAAGAUGAAAUGUGGUCUUCAUCAAUGACUGCACGUCAUUGAUAAAGAAGCUGUUGUAGAUUAGGAGCAACCUAAGGAAGGCAACAAGGUACAAUGAAUGGCCCUUGACUGGAUCCUGAAUGGCUAAGCCAGCUAAAGAAAAUGUUUGGAGCAACCGAGUAAAUUUGAACAUGGACUAGAUAUUAUAUAAGAUGAAGAUUCAUUGAAAUGGAAACCUAGAGCUUAUUAACUGAAAAAAAGUGGUUAAAAAUUAUACGUAAAAAAAUCAUUUCAUUUUAGGUAUGCACGUGUAUAUAUAGAUAGAAAAUAUCUGAAUUAUAUUCAAUAAUGUGUUUCCUGCACUAAUUUCUGGAUGGUAGAGACAUGUAUUUUAAUUAUUAAAUUUCUGAUCAUGUGAAGGUCAUGUAGUAAGGCCUGAAUGAUAUAUUUAUUAGUUUUUUAAAUAGCCAGGUAGUUUUAUUUAUUUAUUAUGUGCAACAUGAUGUUUUGAAAUAUAUAUACAUUGUGGAAUGGCUGCAUCAAGCUAACUAACAUAUACAUAACUGCACAGAGUUGUCAUUUUGUGGUGAGAACACUUAAAUUCUACUCUCUUAGCAUUUUUUAAGAAGGCAAUAUAUUCUUUUUUCCUUUCUCUUUUUCUUUUCUUUUUUUUUUUUUUGAGAUAGAGUCUUGCUCUGUCACCCCAGGCUGGAGUGCAGUGGCACAAUGUCGGCUCACUGCAAGCUCCGCCUCCUGGUUCACGCCAUUCUCCUGCCUCAGCCUCCCUAGUAGCUGGGACUACAGGCACGUGCCAGCACACCCGGCUAAUGUUUUUUAUUUUAGUAGAGAGGGGGUUUCACUGUGUUAGCCAGGAUGGUGUCAAUCUCCUGACCUCGUGAUCCACCCGCCUCAGUCUCCCAAAGUGCUGGGAUUACAGGCAUGAGCCACUGAGCCUGGCCGACAAUAUAUUCUUAUUAACUAUAGUCACUAUGUUUUGCAAUAGCUCUCUUUAGCUUAUUCCUUCUGUCUCGUUGAACCUUCCUAACCCGUGACCAAUGUAAGGGAAAAGCUGUAUGACAUUGGUCUAGGCAAUGAUUUUUUUUGGUUAUGACCCCAAAAGCACAGGCAACAAAAGCAAAAAUAGACAAAUGGGAUUACUUCAAACUAAAAAGCUUCUGCACAGCAAAGGAAACAAUCAACUAAAUGAUAUCUUUAAAUGUAAAAAUAGCACAUUAUGGCUGCAUGGCAUUUUUACAGUAGCUAAAGUGCAAUCACACACAUUUCCCCACUUGGUUUAAUUAUUUAUCUAUGAAGUAGACAGAAUUAGCAUUAUUGUACCUGUUUGCCAUAUGUAUAUAGAGAACUAGAUGACUUAGUGACUCUAUUAGUUAUCUAUUGCUCCAUAGCAAAUGUCUUAGUCUAGUCAGGCUACUGCAAUCAAAUACUAUAAACAACAGAAAUCUAUUUCUCAGAGUCCUGCAGGCUGGGAAGUGCAAGAUCAAGGUGCUGGCAGUUUCUCUUCCUGGUUUGUAGAUGGCACCUCCGUGCUGUGUUUUCACAUGGUGGAAUGGGCAAACAAGCUCAACGGGGUUUCUUUUAUAAGGGCACCAAUCCCAUUCAUGAAGACUACACCCUCAUGACCUAAUCACCCCCCAAAAGGCCCCACCUCCUAAUACUAUCACCUUGGAGUUUAGGAUUUAAGCAUAUAAAUUGGGGUGUGGGGACACAAAGAUGAAGACUGUAGCAACAAAUUAUCCCAAAAUUUAUUGGCUUAAACAAACAAGCAUAUAUUGUUUCUCAUAGUUUCUGAGGGUUAGGAAGUCAAGAGUGGCUUAGCUGUGUGGCUGUGUCUCAGAGUCUUUUAUGAGAUUUCAGUUUAGAUGCUGGCUGUAGUUAUAUCAUCUGAAGUUUUACUGGGGCUGGAGGAACUGAUUCUAAGGUGGUUCACGGCACAUGGCUGUUGUCAGGAGGCCCACUCAAUGUGGAGGCUGGCCCUCCCCAAAGCAGGUGGCCCACUGAGCAAAUAAGCAACCAAGUCAGAAGCUGCAGUGUCUUUAGAGCCUGAUUUCAAAGUUACACACUCUCACUUCUGCUGGGUUCUGUUGGUCACACAAACCAACCGCCCUGUGCAACAUGGGGGAUGUGAACACCAGGAGAUGGGGGUCACAGGGGCCAACAUGAGUUGGCUCCCACACCCAAGGUCAUUGCCACACUCAAGGUCAUACCAGCUGGCAAAACUAGAAAUUGAAGCCCUGUCUUCUGAGCACAGAAGAUUUUCACUUCACACAGACUUUUCAUAAAAGGACCUUAUCCUCUUUAAGUAUAGAAGUUUUUUUUUUCAAAAAUUUUCCUUGCACAGUGACAUAUUUACUGCAGUAUUUAUAUGGCAUCACUAAACACAGAGUUGGGAAUCCAACCAGCUCUUUGAAGCAAGAGUAUGUGAACGUGAGUGGGCCCCAGCAUACCACAGGCAGUUAGUUCUGCUCUAAUGUAAUGUAUGUGUUUCUACGUUAAAAACUGUAGGGCUUAUGGGAAAAUGGGGUUAGGGACACAACAUUCAAAAACUUUAUUAGCGACAAAUAAUAAAAGAUGAGGAACGCAAUAAAAAUGGUAGCACACAGUUAUACAUUUCAACUAAUUAAGAAAUCUGUAAAUACCACAGUAAAGACGUCACUUUGGAAAGAUCACCUUGAGAAAGACCUGAAGUUUGCUUGCAGAAGUAAGUGUCCCAUGCCUGGGGGCCCACCACGUCCACCUCCCUGUCUGCAAGAGGAAGGGAACCAAAGAGUUCCCAAGAGAAAAAGAACAGAAAACCAAAGGAAAAAUACAAAAUAUCUGGGAUUCAAGAGGAGAAAUUAAAGAGACGGUGAUAUGGUUUGGCUGUGUCCCCACCCAAAUCUCAUCUUGAAUAAUCCCCAUGUGUCCUGGGAGGGAGCCAGUGAGAGGUAAUUGAAUUGUAGGGGUGGUUACCUUCAUGCGGUUCUCCCAGUAGUGAGUGAGUUCCCAUGAGAUCUGAUGGUUUUAAGAGGGGAUUUCCCCCCUUUUUGUUCAGCACUUAUUCUUGCUGCUGCCAUGUGAAGAAGGAGGCAUUUUCUUCCCCUUUCACCAUGAUUGAGGGUUUCCCGAGGCUUCCUCAACCAUGCAGAACUGUGAGUCAAUUAAACCUAUUUCCUUUAUAAAUUACCCAGUCUUGGGUAUGUCUUUAUUAGCAGUGUGAGAACAGACUAAUACAGAAGGCAAGGCACAGAGCUGUGCAGCCGGUUGGUGGCAGGAAGGGCUGUAGCUCAUGUUGUUUUGAACUGCUGGUAGGAGUAUAUGAUGGAUAAUUUUAGGUGCCAUCUUGACUGGGUUAGGUGGUGCCCAGAUCGCUGGAAAAUCACUAUUUCUGGGUGGGUCUGUGAGGACGUUUCCAGAAGAGAUUAGCAUUUGAAUUUAAACACUGAUUAAAGAAGAUCCUUCUUCACCAACAUGGCAGGCAUCACCUGACUCACUGAAGUCUCCAAUAGAAUGAAAAGGUGGAGGAAGGGUGAAUUUGAGUGAAUUAUCUUUGUAUGAUCUGAGACAUUCAUCUUCUCUGGCCCUGGAACACCAGGUUCUCCAGGUUCUCAGACCUUUGGACUCUGUACUUACGCCAGGGCUUCCCAGGUUCUCAGGCCUUUGACCUCAGAAUUAAGAGUUUUACACCACCGGCUCUCUGGUUCUCAGGCCUUUGGACUCAGACUGAGUUACAGCAUCAGUUCUCCAGUGUGUAGGCAACAGAUCAUGGGACUUGCUAGCCUCUGUAAUUGCAUGAGCCAUUCCCAUCAUAAAUAUCGUGCUCAAUAGAUCUAUAUACUCAGUUCUUUCUUUCUUUCUUUCUUUCUUUCUUUCUUUCUUUCUUUCUUUCUUUCUUUCUUUCUCUUUCUUUCUCUCUCCUUUCUUUCUUUUCUUUCUUUCUUUUUUCUUUCCUUCUUUCCUUCCUUCUUUCUUUCUCUUUCUUUCUUUCUUUCUUUCCUUUCUUUCUUUCUUUCCUUUCUUUCUUUCUUUCUUUCUUUCUUUCCUUUCUUUCUUUCCUUUCUUUCUUUCCUUUCUUUCUUUCUUUCUCUCUUUCUUUCUUUCUUUCUUUCUUUCUUUCUUUCUUUCUUUCUUUCUUUCUUCUCUCUCUCUCUCCUCUCUUGCCUAACCUGCCCCACCACACCAUUUCCCUUCCUCUCUCUGGGUUCUGUUUCUCCCCAGGGUUCUGGAGAACCCUGACUAAUACAAAGGCUAUCUAAAAUCCUACAGAGAGUAGUGAUAGCAGGUAUGGGUGGGUGUGGCUCCUUGUCCUGAUGAAAUGCAUGUGUGUGAGAUCCAUCCUUCCUACUACAUUCACCUGGCUUCUGAGCAACAAAAUGGUGCCUGAGCAAACCGACAUUGACAUGACACUCAAAUUGUUCCCUAAUUUACCAAUCACAGUGGAACAAAUCCUCAUUUUCAGAAGAAAUGUUCUAGCAGAAUGGGCUGUAGUUACACCCUGGAAUUGGCAAACACCAUAAACCAGGGCUUUCCUCCUGGAGGACCUUGUCGUAAAUACCUACCAGCACACUGUCAAGGUUAAAGCACUUUAUGUAGGUUGGUAUAUAAUAGUGCCUAAUAAAUGAUCAGAAUUAGCAGUACUUUUCCCAAGAAGAGGUCCAGUGGGAUUUGAAUGGAACAAGCUGAAACUGGGAGCAGUAAGGCAAGGGCAGGUGAGCAGAGGCCUGAGAGCGGGGCAGAGCGGGGGCAGAGCGGUGAGCCCUGGCAAGCACACAUGGCAGGGCCCACUGUCCACAGUGGGUGGCAGCGAGCACAGGUGAGCACACACCAAACACAUCUCCCUUGACAGCCUCCUUCUGUGGGUGCAAAGAGGCACUAAAGAUCAUGCGUCACAAAUUAUUAACAUCCUUAGUAACUAUCUUCAAGGCAGAAACAAAACAGGGAACAAUAACAAGCUUCAGGGAGUCUUUAUUUUGUGAAGGGGUGUGUGUGUGUGUGCAUAUAUGUGUGUGUGUAUAUAUAUAUAUACACACACACAUACAUACAUAUAUAAAAUCAUAAACUGGCAUUUUUAAUUCCCCUGCUACCCCAGCACACAUAUGAUAUACUACAGCGUGGCUGUUCAGCGUGGCUGUUGGCAGCCCUAACUGGAAUAUUUAAUAAAUGAGGCAGUAAUGGACAUUUAUUGAAAAAAGUUUUUAUGAGAAAACCCCAAAUGUGCACGUUUUGAAGUUGCUUGCCAAUCAUGCCUGAGGGGCAGAGUCACAUCCAGGAAUCACUGUCUGGAUGGCAUCGUGAGAGGAUGGCUAUGUGGAUAGGAACGAUGACUGAAGCCAGGUGCAUCCCUAGUGGCUUCUGCCCCUGAAGUGCCCAGGGAAGACCUUGGUGAUGGGGGAUCUUUGGGUCUGCUCUUAAAGAAAGGGUGAAAUGGCAGGAGAUGGGGGAUGGCUCUGCAGGUGAAAGGUGGUGCAUUAGGCCAUUCUUCCAUUGUUAUAAAGAAACACUUGAGACUGGGAAAUUUAUAAAGAAAAGAGGUUUAAUUGACUCACAGCUCUGCAUGCUGUACAGGAAACAUGGUGCUGGCAUCUGUUCAGUUUUUAGGGAGGCCUCAGGAAGCUUACAAUCAUGGCAGAAGGCAAAGGGAGAGCAGGCACAUCACAUGGCAAAAGCAGGAGCAAGGGAGAGUGGGGGAGGGAGUUGCUACACACUUUUAAGUGACCAAAUCUCUUGAGAACUCUAUCAGGAAGACAGCACUAAGCCGUGAGGGAUCCACCUCCAUGAUCCCGACAUCCCCCACCGGGAUGUUGCAGAUUAAAAUUCAACAUGAGAUUUGGGUGGGGACAAAUAUCCAAAUGAUGUCAGGUGGGCUCUGUGGGAAGGCCAAGAGGCAAGGAGUGUUUUCAAAUGACUGGAGUCUGUCUGGUUUAGACAGAGAGCUCAUGGAGGGAUUCUCUCCACCUCUUGAAAACAAGGCCUUAACAGCCACAGAAACAGAUUUUUAUUGAUUUCAGAAAGGCCCGAGUCCAUUUUUUCUCUUUGGAUGUAGUAUUAAUGAAUUGCUAAGCACUCCCAUCUGCCAACCAUCGUUCUAAGUGUUUUACUGGUAUCAUCUGGUUUAAUCCUUUCAACAACCCUAUGGGGUGUGUAAAUGUUACUAUACCCCAUUUAUUCAAGGAAAUGGAACCUAGAAGUAUCAGUAACUUGCCUAAGGUCAGAGUACCAAGUGUGAGAUGGGGGCACAAAUCCCGGACAGACUUCAGAGUCUGAGCUCUUAUCUCGCUGUAUUGCCUCCCCUACUGCGCUCUACACCAAGAAGUGUUGAAGUGUGCGUGCAGCAGUCCUGAAGUUGAUGGUGGGUUAUGUUUCUUCUAAAGGCACUAUGGAGAUGAAACAAUUUAAGUUCUAUCAGUGUUUUUCAUAGAAACACGGCUACUAUAGCACCACAAGUUGGAGAAAGUUACCUUUAUUUCCGGAUUUCAUCAGUGAUAAAGGCUGCUGAAUUGUGCUUAUCAUUGGUUCAUUUCCCACAGCUAAUCACAUUUCACUUUAUUCAAGACCUUUUAAAAAUGGAACUGUCGGCUGCUGUUGGAAGGCGCAGGCAGGCGCCCUGGAGAGAAUUCACAGGGAGGCACAGGACAGAACGCUCCCAGGAACGAGGAAGCACCCCCAGAAAGGAGCGCUCUAUGGGCUCCAGGCAGCCGAGGAAACGCGAACGUGAGCCCCGUGACUGCACUCCCACGUGCACCAACGCUGCCAGUGUGAGCAGAAGCGGAGCCCGCAGAGCGCCAGGCUGCGCCGGGAGAUGCAUCACGAUGAAAAACUGCGCCAGAGCAUGGCGGGAACUUUCCGAGAGGGCGUGUUGUUUCCAGGCGGUUCCACCUUCUAAUAUGAAACAGUCUUGGUUGAUUUUCCUUGAUACUACUUUAUGCUCGGCCUGGUUGUUGGCAAGUAGCUGCCCGCGUCUGUACGCGCCCUUGAUUAGUUUCCACUGCAUGUGUUUUAACACAGUGCUCCUUUUUCCACGUUUAUUUGGGCCAACCCUGUCUGCAAAGAUCCAGUUUAAUACAAAUUUGAGUCUAUGUGCUAUAGCCUGGAAAUGUACUAAAGACACUACAACAUAUUGCUGAAAGAAUAGAAUCUUUAUUCUGAAUGCAAAGCAGACACCUAGUAAAAAAUUCUGGAAUAAUAAAACAAGCAAGGCUUAUGUGCUCAGUUUUGGGGACGCUCCAAUUUAAAGGCUUAGUCAUUGUCACAGUGUAAGGUUUACCCAUUGCCCCCAUCGCACAGAUGUGGGAUUGUUGAGAGCUGAGAGUCCUAUGACCUCUUCUGCUGCCCAAGAACUUGGGGUGGGUGGUAACUGGAGAAAUCAAAGUGAUCAGCUGCAAAGAAUGCUUCCAUUGCUGGAGCUUGGUUGUGCGGGAUUCUCCACGGAGGUCUUAAGGCAGAGACAAAAACAAGGACUUUGGGAGGCUCCUGUGAGCAGCCAAAAGGGUGUAGAGUCAGGCAGCCUCAGGUUACAAAUCCAGUCCUGCAGGCUAGGAGUUGUGUAAGCUUAAAAAAGUGACUGCACUUCCAGGAACAUCGUUUCCCUACCUGCUCCUCCUUCUGACGGGUUUUCUGAGGACAAUGGAAUCCACACUCUGUGUCGAACACUUUUCUAAUUAACGAUGUGCAGACACUUUAUUUUACAGGAAUAAAAAUGCCAGAAGAACCCAAGUCAUAUUCAUUUAAAGCAGGGUGACAAGUACACCAAAAUCUGAAAAAUCAUCACUAAAGAACUUAUCCAUGUAACCAAAAACCAUUGAAAUAGAAGUAAACUAUGGAAACAAAAUUUAAAAAUAAUAAAAUUUAAAAGUCCAAAAAAUUUAUAGCACUUCACCUGUUUCAUUUCUUCCUUUAUAAAAUUGUAUUUAGAAAUUUGUUAUAUGUGUCUAUGCAAACAUUUUAAAAAAUGUAAAAGUGUGGAAUUGCAUAAUGCUGCUUACUGAUUUACAGAUAUAAAUACAUCCACGUUGACUUGCACACAUGCAGGUACCCCUCGCCCUAUACAAUCUCACCAUCUGCACUUGCUAUCUGAAAGCAAGAACAAGAGGUUUUGGAGAGAAAGGGAUACUUGUUAACCUGUAUGUAUACAUAGCUUUUGGGUUAUGGUUUGUCUUACAAAAGAAGGAUAUUAUACAUAUUUCCUGUAUCUUGGCUUAAUCAAUAGCACUUCCUAGAAAUCUUACUGAGUCAACUGGUAUAUUCUAAUUAAUUCUUUGUGCUGGCUGCAUAAUAUUCUGUGGUGUAGAGGUGUAGCAACACCAUAUUUUAUUCGGCCAUUCUCCUAUUGAUGGACACUUAUGUUAUUUCCAGUUUUUUGAUGCUAUAAACAGAGCUGCAAUAAAUAUUGUUGCACAUAUGUCUACUUUACUAAAUAUUUUAUUUCUCCAAAUAGAAUUUUAUUUCUAGUCUCCAAAUAGAAUUUUAUUAUCUCCAAUUUCAUUUAAGCUGCCCUUCCACACACAUAUUAAGGUCAUUGACCUGGUUAUAUGUAGUGUGUGUGUGUGUGUGUGUGUGUGUGUGUUGUUUUGUUUUUGUUUUAUUUUUGAUGUUGUUGCUCACUGGACUCUGAACACUACAGGACUUCUUUAAAUCUAUUUCUUGAGUAAGCACUUGACAAGUGCCCAGGGCCCAGUGUUUUAGAAGACAUCAGCCAGGGCCCCCUCACUGAAGGAAGCCCCGGGUGGGUUUUCUGGGGUUCACAUGGGAACCUGACUUGAAUCCCAAAGAUAAGGGCCCCGUUGUCCAGUGAGCACAGGGUCCCUUGGCACCCUCAGUUGAAACUCAUCCAAGAUUAGUAACAUUCCGGCCAAAUUCUGGUUUUAUUGCAUGAUUUCAUUUAAAAAUUGCAUGUAUAGCAUGGAUAAGCUAUAAACAGAAUAGCCAUUUUAAUGAAAACAACAAGAGAUAUGAGUGGAUGUUGCCUUUAUUCUAGUUGGAGACAACCAUAUUUACACAACUUAUUCAGAGAUGCUCACAGUUGUCAAUGGACUCCACGCUACAGCUUUGUGAAGCAGUGUUUGCUUCGGGUGACAGAGCUGCUCUGGUUGCCCACAAGCUGCUCUGCUGGUGACCUGUUUCACAAGGUUGUUUUACCUUGAGUGACUGCUGUGUUCACAGUUGUGCUUCGAGAAUGCCAAAGCUCAUUGCUCUGUUUGCAAAGCUGCUUGGCUUGCUGGGGAGGGUAAAAUGCAAUAUAUUUAGACCUUUGAUACUGACAGUCCAGCUUUGGCUUCUGAAGUCUUUGUAGAGGAAAGGAAGUGGGAGAGAUUGUCAGAGGACCCUCCUGUGAUGUGGGGGUCUGUGCUGAUAUCUGGAUUUUUUUUUAACAUUUAUUAUCAGGCUUCAUACAGGGGGGACUGGUUUGCAGAGCCCUGAAUUUAGGCUUUGACAGGUAAGAAUCUCUGAAAUGAACAAGACUAGUUUGGUUAGCAUUUAUUAGAAGGUCAGUUUGUAGGUCCUUAAUUGUCUUCUGUUUAUAGAACUGGAUAGUGUCUGUGUGUGUAUGUGUGUGUUUCGUGCUUAAUUGUGAUUUGCUGCUCUUGACAGGUUUUGUGAAACUGACAACAGCUCUUUCUCAGCCUGUUUUCCUCUAGUGGCCAAAAUGUUCACUGUUAAUUUAUUCUGUUUACUCUUCAUUCAUUCAGCAAAUAUUUAUUCAGUCCUACUAUGUGCCAAGUACUGUCUAGCCUAUAAAGAUGUCAAGAUAUGUACCAACUCUUCCAAUAAAUAUUUCUAAGUUGUAAAAAUAUUAAGUGAUAUAAAAAUAAGAAAGGUUCUAUUAAGAACAGAUUGCUUUUUUUAAAUAUGUAAGUUUAUUUUGGAUGCAAUAUGAGACUGAAUUCCAAUGCAAAGUUGUUUUAAGAGAAUGCGAAAAUCUCACCAUUCACUGACUUAGGAGAAAAGUUACUCUGAGAAUUAAUAGAAGCUGAAUAGAAGAAGAUAGUUAAAAUCUGUAUGCUAGCUAAUGUCUUCUUGUCUUGUACUUUGGGGGAAAAAAGUAAACAAAAGUCUUAUUAAGUUUCAAGUAGGUGCCACAUGAACCCUUCCAUAUUCAGGAUUAGACAAGUGGCAAUGGUACGUGGAGCUUGAUGGCCAAGCCCAGUGGGUUACAGGGUUUGGCUUUCUUCCAGCCCUCAAGGGAUGUCUAAGACCUCUGGGAUGCUACAUAGGAUGCAGGCAGAACUGCCUGUUUUGGGGCAAAAAAAUUGUCAUGGUCACCCCUGAACUACAUAGAGGAAGAACUUUGUCUCAGCGCAAGCAAAUGGUCUUCCAAAAUUUGUACAGACAAGUUCCCAACAAUACAAGCUGCAUUUAACCCUAAGCAAACCAUACUCACAGCAAAGAUCUUAUUCCACCUGCACAUUCUUUCCAAAGCACAAAUGCCCUUUCUCAGUUCAACCAUGAAAGGACUGAUGGGAGAUGAUCUUAGAAGAGUGGCGAUGAUUCACACUAUUGGGUUAAAAAGAGAGAAUAUUGGGGAACAAUGAGGCUCCCCAGUAAGUCUCUACUCAUUCUCCAUCAGCGUUGGCUGCCUUUCAUUUGCCAACAUGGUCAAAUCUUGCUCAUACAUUAAAAUUUAAGAAUCACCAUCUUCCUGGGUUGUAAUCACCUCUCUCUCCUUUCUUUUCACAGGCAAAAUUCUCCUUGUCUCCCAUUGUUUGCAUUCAUUCCCAUUCCCACCACCCUGCCUGGCAGCUCCCCUCACCACACAAUAGACACAGCCAGUGGCGGGGACACAGCUGUCUUCUGGUGUCAGAUCUGGCUAACACAUGGGUGUAGCAUUUGACCCUUGUCACCAUCUGAUCUUUCUUCUUCUUCCUUCUCAAAAAUAUUUCUUGGAUUCCUUGACAACAUUUUCUCCUGUUGUCUUUCUCUCUCUCUGCAUUCAUUAUCUUGCUUUAUUUCUGCCGAUCUUAAACGAGGGUGAUAACCACAUCCUUUCCUAUCUGUUACUGCUUACUCCACAUUCUCUCCAUGGUUCAUCACAUUCCUCCCUCUGGCAUCAGUAAAAUGGAUUUCAUAUCUCCAGCUCAAAUGUCACCAGUUCUGCAUGAAUACAUCAGAGGCUCAGUGUACAAGGACUGCUCAAAACUGAACAUGUUACCUCCUCUUUCUGAUUCCUGCUCUUCCCCACUCCCUGACCCAUAUGCUUCUUUCCCUCAUUAUUAAAGUUAUUACCAUCAUCCAACUUUGAUGAGUUUAAAAUCUGGAAUCCAUCCAGAAUUCUUCCUUACGUGCAUCACCUACAUCCGAAUGACAAUGGUCUUAGUUUGUUUUGUGCUGCUGUAACAAAAUAUCAUAGACUUGGUGAUUUAUCAACAAUAGAAAUUAUUUGGCUCACAGUUCUGGAGGCUGGGAAGUCCAAGAGCGAGGGGCCGUAUCUUGUGAGAACCUUCUUGCUGUGUCAUCCCCUGGUGGAAGGCAUCAGAUAGCAAGAGCACAAAAGAGACAACAAGGGGGCAGAAUUCAUCCUUUUUCUCAGGACCCACUUCCAAAAUCACUAACACACCCCUGAUAUAGUGGCAUUAAUCUAUUCAUAAGGGCAGAGCCCUCAUGACCUAAUCACCUCUUAAAGAUUCUGCCUCUCAACACUGUUGCAUUGGGAUUUAAGUUUCCAGCACAUGAACCCUACUUUUGUUCUCCCAGUGAAUGUUCUCUCAAACAUAUCCACUCUCCUCCAUUCCUGCUAUCCUUGCUUUAAUUUUAGUCCAGAAUCAUUUCUUGCCUGGGAUUUUGCCCACGAUUUCCCUCUUCCUUAGAAAUCUAUCCUCCUCUCUACUUUCAAAAUGUUUUUGAAUUCAGAUUUGAUCCUGUCUUUCCCCUGGUUAAAUCCUUUAGUGGCUUACCACUUGCUAUAAGACAAAGUCAAAGUCCUCAGUGCCCUUUGUCAUCUAGUGCCACCUCCUGUGCACAGACUUCCAGUUCUUUGAUUAUCUCUGUUUCUUUGCACACACAUUUUCUUCCUUGGAAUCACUUCGUCCUACUUCUAUUUUUCUUUCCUACACUAUUUAGAGUCUUCUCAUUCUUCAAAGAACCCAAAGAUGGCCUCCUUUAUAAGGUUUUCCACAGCUCUCUCUUGCUGAUAGAGUUUGUUGUGCCUUUUCCUAUGCAACCUCCUAUGUAUGUGGUGGGCUCUUUCCAUACUGUAUUACACUCGCUGGUUUACAAAUCUAUACCCAGCACUAGACUGUGAACUUCUUGGGGGAAGGAACUACGUCUGAUAACUACAUUCUUUGUAACUUCAUGGAAGCAGUGCCUAACACUUAGGAAUCUUUUUGAGCCCCAAAUUUGCUAUUUUUUCACACACUUGGAUAUGUGUUCUUCGCAUUAAUAAUGGAAAUGAUAGUGCCAUUCCUGCUGACCUUACAGUUGACAGUUGACACUAAAUGUGAGACUAAAUGUGACAAUGUGUAUGAAAAUGUUUCUCAAACUUACAUUUCUAUCUAAAAGCAAGAUAUUAGUAGUAGUAGUGUCAUCCAAUGUGGUGUAAACCACAUUGGGAGCCCAUCCAUGGCACUGCAGAGAGUGGUGGGGUGGAACAAAAGCCACAGAUGAAAAUUUUGCCAUCCUAAGAACUGGAUAAGUAUCUGGGAAAGCAGGAUACUGGGUAGAGUAUGCUUUCUUUGCUUUCAGUUAAGUCUUCGUUUCAGUGACCACUUGUUUAUGGUAGUUUAGAGGUGCCUGCAGUAAAGCAAGAUAUAAUAAAUGCAAAAUUAAUUUUUUUAAUGGGGCUGAGGAAAAUAAAGAUUAUAGAGAAAGACGGAUCCAGAGGGUUUUUUUUUUGUCACGUUUGAAAAUUGGUGGUGGUGGUGUAGACAAGUUGAAGGAUGAAGCCAAAAUUUCAGUCAAAAUAUCAAACUCAAGGCAAUGACUAUUCUAUAUUUGCCAUUUUGGUGCAGCUAAAGAUCUCUGAGGAGUAAAGUGAUGACAAAUCUUCCAAACAGGUGAUUGAGGCUGGGCGCAGUGGCUCACACCUGUAAUCUCAGCACUUUGGGAGGCCAAGAUUGGCAGAUCACUUGAGGUCAGGAGCUCAAGACCAGGCUGGCCCACAUGGUAAAACCCCGUCUCCACUAAAAGUACAAAAAAAACCCAAAAAACAAAGAUCAGCCAGGCAUGGUUGUGCAUGCCUGUAAUCCCAGCUACUUGAGAGGCUGAGGCAGGAGAAUUGCUUGAACCUGGGAAGUGGAGGUUGCAGUGAGCCGAGAUGGCACCAGUACACUCAGCCUGGGCAUCGCAGUGAGACUCCAUCUAAAAAAAAAAAAAAAAAGGAAUUGAUGCUUCAAAAUGAAAAAUUGCAAACUGGAGCUGUGCUUUUGUCCCAGAAUUUAUGUUCACAAACCCCUCUUGCUGUGCUGUGCCUGUGUUUGGCCCCAAGGUGCCCAUCAAAGCAACUGUUUUGGUUCUGACCUGCUCCCGGCUACACUUGGAAGGUAGCCUGAGAUGUCUCCCUGUAUGUUUCCUUAUUCCAGAAUGUUGUGUUACAUUUUUGUUGUGUAUAAAUUUCUUUUCCUGUCAAAUGCUAGCCUGAAAAUCCUGUACCAAAAGAUCUGUAUAUUCUAUGAAACUUGGGCUGUAAGAACCCAGAAGCUCUCUGCUGACAAUUCUUUAACCAGGGAGAGGUUCCUCGGGGGAAUGCCUUUCAUUAUGUAUAUUUGAAAAUGAAUUUUCAGGUCUCUGCUUCCCAUGUGAAUUUGUAUAAAUUUAUGUAAAAAAUGAGAAGCAAUGCUUUUUAAUUUUUUCCUUAGAAGUGGGCAUAUAUUUUUUAGGGCAUAAUAUAAAAGAUCGAUUGGCUUGAGUUCAUUUGUCCUCCGCAAGUCUAAAAUGAGACAAACUAGAAUUGCCUGGUAAUAUCCAAAUUUAUUAAUGAAUGGAUGUGUGCUAUGCUAGCUACCAGGCAAGGUGCUUAAAAAGAGAAGUAGGUUUUAGUUUCUCUCUCCUGUGGGUCCAUCAAGCUUUUCUCAACCAAUUCUCUUCCCUCUCUGGAAACUGUGAUGUUUCACCUUCUCCUCCUUGCCUGGUGCCCACUGACAACAUAGGGACUGUUUCGGGUCUUCUCAUGUCUAGACACCCUGUAAAGCCAUUUUUCCUUCAUCUGCUGCCCAACCACACAGGUAGAGGGGACUUUACCACAAGACUUGCUGCCUCCUGUGUGCUCCCCAAGGAAGACUCCUAAUGUCUUCAUAUCCACAAACCUGGGGAGGGGUUUGUCAUCUCCGGUAGUCUCCCCAGACCAGGAAUCAGCCCAGGGGAGAGGCCUCUCUCAGGAGCCCACUGCUGCCUGGCUCUCUCCCUCCUCUUUGGUCCUGCCUCUUCCCCAGCCCUGGGUGAACUCUGCCUGGUCUCCUUGGAGGGGUUGUGGAGGGGAAUGCCUGGAGCAGGGCAACCUGCUAUCCACCAGCUCUUGCACCAACCUUCUGAGUCUUUAAAGGCUAAGCCCCCCGGAAACUCAAAACCAGUUAUCCCUCAAAAAGUUCAGCUCAGGCCGGGUAUGGUGGCUCAUGCCUGUAAUCCCAGCACUUUGGGAGGCUGAUGCGGGCAGAUCACCUGAGGUCAGUAGUUUGAGAUCAGCCUGACCAACAUGGUGAAACACUGUCUCUACUAAAAAUACAAAAAUUAGGCUGGGUGCGGUGGCUCAUGCCUGUAAUUUCAGAAAUUUGGGAGGCUGAGGCAGGUGGAUCACUUGAGGUCAGGAGUUCGAGACCAGCCUGACCAACAUGGUGAAACCCUGUCUUUACUAAAAUUACAAAAAUUAGCUAGGCAUGGUGGUGCAUGGCUGUAAUCCCAGCUACUUGGGAGGCUGAGACAGGAGAAUCGCUUGAACUCAGGAGGCGGAGGUUGCAGUGAGCUGUGAUUGUACCAUUACACUCCAGCCUGGGCAAUGAGAGCAAAACUUCAUCUUGAAAAAAAAAAUCUAGCUCUCACAUGUCAAAAACUUUGGCUGUCCACACUAUUAUUCUGUUCCAACUUUUAAGAACGCAGAUAAAAAAUGUAACAAAGUUAAAAAGCCUUAUUAACCUCAAGACUUGAUGCUGGUGCCAUUCCUAGACUGGUAUUUCUCAUGAGUCUCCACCAAAUCAGAGGGCAGGAAGAUCUGGACUUCUUGGGCUGAGCCAUGCUUUGAGGACCACUUCAGCGGGCGGUAUAUCGUCCCCUGUGUGGAGCUGCAUUUCCUGUGACUGGCACUAGCUUGAUGGUUUCUGCUUUUGUGACUGUUCACCCGCACUUGCCAAGGCUGUGCUGUGCCUCUACUCACCUGCCUCGUGAGGGGACUCUGACCUUUCUGUCAUCUACCACAUGCCAUUGAUGAGAGCCACAGGGUGUGGCCUCCUGGUGGUCCAGCUCAACCUCUGUUCUCUCUCAUUCUUGCUUCUCAACAACCUCCUGGAGCUUUUUCCUCUGGGUGUAGCAGGAGGGCCCCACACACUGGAUCACAGCCACGCUUUGAAAGGAGGAGAAGUGACUGUCGGGAGACAGCCCCUAGGAGAGCUGGGUCUUUGUUUUAUUUUGUUUCUUUACAAUACAGCCAUUUCAUGUAUAACCUUUUCCACAUAGACCCUUGCCUUCUCCCCGAGGUAUGAGACAAGGAAUACAAAUAUCAGAUGUGACUCUGGAAGGCUGCAAGGAACUGGUGCUGCUCAUAGAAAAGCAUUUCAAAACCUUAAACACCUGCACUAUUUCUCCCACCUUCUUUCAUGUUCACAUCUGCAAAUAAUAGGCACUCAAUACAAUUUUAUGGCAAAUCACAGAAUUAGUUCUGCCUCGAAUCCUUUGUGGAAUGAAGUGUGAGUAUAGGACAAGUGUGCAAACAAGCACAAACAUCAGGGUCCAUUCACUCUGGUACAGUCCAUGGCCCCUUUAUUCCUUUUCGUCUUUCAAUAAAUACGUGUUGAACACCUAUUAUAUGCCAGUUACUAUUGUAGACAGAUGUGGUAUCUAUUCUUGUGAACAGACACUGAGGAGGUACAUGAAUAAGUAGGAUGUCAAAUAAUAAUGACUGCAGCCAAGGAACAGAGCAAGGUGCUCAUGAGUGCCAGUCAGAGCUGCUUCCCUAGCUAGGCUGGCAAGAAAGACUCCUGAAGUGGUCGCACUUGAGCAGAGGCCUGAAGAACGGAAGGAGACCACCAUGGGAAAGUGGAUGGAAGAGGAGAUGAACCAAUCAUUUUCUACAAUCAAGUCAUAUUUGAAAUGCGCGAGGUCCCCAUCUGAUAUCGCAGAGGUGCAGGGGCAUGGGAAGGUUCCUAACAGGCAUCGUCGAUGCUGCAUGCUGUCUCACCAUAUUUCACGGGGCUGGCUGGUUCUCCCUGCGGUUCCCUCAGUUUCAUCAGCACCACGGUGGCUUCCCAUGUUCCAGGCUGCGCCAGGCUGAAAUGCCAGUUCCUGAUCCUGUGAAGAGCCACGGUGAAGCUCCCCUCGUGUCAGUGAGCCAGGAGCCUUCCCCGCAGCUCCAGCCCUCACAGCCUCGGCCCUCGUUAACAUGGGCAAUUAAAGUGCUCAGGAUUUUUCACUUGAAAUGUUCCGAAUGCAAGUAAGUUGCUUUAUGGAAGAAUAGGAAUCUGUUUCUUUCUGCCACUUCCUUCCAUGCACAGCCAGCAUUUUCAUCAGCAGCCUUUGGGCAAGGCGUGCACGGCAUGGGCUUAUUGGAAUACUGAUGAAGGAAGACCCUGAGCAUCUUUUGAAGAAAACAAAACUGAAGGAAAAAGUAUGACUUGUGAAACUCGAAGCAACUCUGUGGGCUGUGAAUUCAGCAGGGAAACAACGCAUUGUUAAUUUUCUCUCCUUAUUUCUCUGUUUUCUUCUCUGAUCCAGUUGGUCAUGUCCAUAGACCCAAAGAACACAUGCAAAGGAAGGAAAUUCAAGUGUUUCCUUCCUGCCUGCUGAGUGGCCACCCACACCGUCUCUCUUCUCUUGGGCCACUUGUCCCUAACUUCUUUUCUUCAUGAAGAUCCUUGGCAGCUCCAUGGAGGUGAAAAGGGCUAUGAAUGCUCUUCUUCCUCAUAACUCUCUAGGCUUCCUGGUGAACAUGGAGAAGAAACCAUUUUCUUCAUUCAUCAGUGGCUCAGGGAUCUGUGAACCUUCCCACCUGCCACCCUCACGCCUGGAGUGAUAUGUGCCUGGUCAUUAGGGAGCACUUUUUUCCCACCUGCCACCCUCAUUCCUGGAGUGAUAUGUGCCUGGUCAUUAGGGAGUACUCUCUUCCCACCUGCCGCCUUCACGCCUGGAGUGAUGUUGCCUGGUCAUUAGGGAGCACUCUUUUCCCACCUGCCACCCUCACACCUGGAGUGAUAUGUGCCCGGUUAUUAGGGAGCACUCUCUUCCCACCUGCUGCCCUCAGGCCUGGAGUGAUGUUGUCUGGUCAUUAGGGAGCACACUCUUCCCACCUGGGUGACAGCAGCUCUGAGCCAGCCCGGUGCUAGGUGAUGGGCAACUGCAGUGCCCAUGCCACAGGCUGGGUCAGAUUUUCCUGUGCGGACGCGGUCAUGGGGAUGUUGCUAGGGACAGUGAAGUUGGCUGUGUUUAUCCAAAUCUGGUAGGAACGGAUCCUUCUAAGAAAAUAUGCUUUCGACUUCAUGAUUUUCCAGCAGCACUGAAGGCCCUGCACACAGGGGGCUGCUAGCUGGGGCAUGGGAUACAUAGGGUGUCGCGGCAUCCAGCCCCACACAGUGGUCACUCCGGGUCCCGUGGGCAGCCUGACCCAACCCGAGUGGUUGUAAUGUUUCUGACGGCCUUCACAGCAAUGUUGUAUUAUUCCAUCACAUGUAUGGAACGUGUCCAGAAUGCCAGGGCAAGAGAAAUAAUAUUCCCUGCCUAGGUAUCCACUCUGCUUUUCUCAGAAGCAAACAAACACAACUGAGGAGAGAAAAAGCACAACCUCAUGUCUGAUCCUUCCCCGUGUCCAGCCACUCCCCACACCAUCCUCAAAUCUGACCUGCACUCGAGGACUCCUGCGUGCUUUACAAGCAUCUUGUUUUAGUUCUUUUGUUUUUCUGCACCAACCAUGUCUUUAACAGUUUACUGAAUGCCCGCCACAUGUGAGGCUGUAGACUGAAUUCAUUUCUUGGUGAAUGCUAUUGUGUGCCUGGCCAUGAGUUUUGUCCUCCAAACAACCCUCUGUGCAGGAGGUCUCAUUUUAGAGACGAGGAGUCAGAAGCUCCAAGAGGCUGAUUCACUUGCCCAAGGACACACAGCUUCUGGGGGAAGAGCUCAGAUAGAAAGGAGACCCGUAUGGCUCUAACAUGCACCAUGGUUUAGUUCUUCGUCUCUCAUCCCAGCAAGACUGCACUGGAAACUUCUCAACCAAAGAAUCCUAUCUCAUUCUCAUUCAUUUCCCUGAGUACAUUUUGGGGACACACAGUGGAGUCGGGGCUGAGCAAUUGCUUGUUGAGAAAAAAUUGCAUUCUUCUCUGAGCUCCUAGAGCCCACCGUAGGUCCCAGCACUCAGAAGGAGGCACUAAGUGAUGUGUGCUGAGUUGAGAGGGGAUGUGAGGGAGUCAGAAGUGCUCCAGACGUUGGCCACCAGCAGCCGGGAUGUUGGCACCACCAGGUUUCAAAUAUGAAGACAGCUUUGCCUUUUAUUUCCUGUAGAGUGGAUGCUUUCCAGGAAAUGUCCCCCUUUUGCUCUGCCAUGGUCUUUUGAGAACAAGCUAUUUUGUCGUUCCAGACGAAUAGCAAGGUUGGAGGACCAGCUCAAGUCGAGCAUGAGGGGCUGAGCAGCUCACACCCCAUGACUUGCGGUUAAACAGUGGGUGUCUGAGCACGUGCUGACCUGAGGGCUCCCUGGAUCCUGGAGUGGGUCCAGCAGGUUGUGCAGAAACCACGUAGGACUGACUCUUCCCUCGGCCUCAUGUGGGUUUCAUGAACCCCCUUUUAUUCUCAUCCUCCAAUCAAUCUGCUCACAGUGCAAAUAAGAAUGAUUCUUAUGCAAGGUAACUUUAAGAUCUCAUCACCAACUCCAGGGAAUACCUCUAAACAGGUACCUUUGAGGACGCCCACGCAGGACCCAUGUUUUCCCCCUUUUUACCUACUUCUGAGUGUGAUGAAGCUAGGGCUUUAACAUACUUACUUUAAAUGUAUAUAGUGUAUACAUAGUAUGUAUAUAAUUAUGUAUAAAUAUUACAUAUAAAUAUUAAAUAUGUUUAAUUACAUAUAAAUAGUACAUAUUAAAUUAUAUAUAAAAGAACAUAAUUUAAAAUUUAUAUCAUUUUCAGCCUGGCGUGGUGGCUCACGCCUGUAAUCCCAUCACUUUGGGAGGCGAGGGUGCGCAGAUCACUUAAGGUUAGGAGUUAGAGACCAGCCUGGCCCAUAUGGUGAAACCCUGUCUCUACUAAAAAUAUAAAAAUUAGCCGGGCAUGGUGGCGCACACCUGUAGUCCCAGAUACUUGGGGGGCUUAGGCAGGAGAAUUGCUUCAACCCAAGAGGUGGAGGUUACAGUGAGCCGAGAUGGUGCCACUGCACUCCAGCCUGGGCAACAGAGAGAGACUCCUCUGUCUCAAACACAAACAAACAAACAAACAAAAAAACUAUAUAUAUAUAUGUUAAUAAUAUUCAUGAAAGAAAAAUGAGAAAAAAAGACAUAUAAGCAAGAGAAAAUACAAGACUUUCCCAAUUCUACCCACAGACCAACACAUAAAAUACCUUUGCGUAUAUUCUUCAAACUUUCUGCAUAGUCAUUUAUACAUUUAUAUUAUUUCCAUAAAUCAUGUUCAGUUGUUAAAAAACUGCCUUUUAAAAAUCUUACUUUAUUGUGACUAUCGUUCCAUAUCAAUAAAAUAGUUUUAUAUGAUCAUUCUGAUAUAUAAUUGUAAAUAAUUUAACCAAUCUGUUGUUGGCUUUUAGGCUGUUUCUAACAGCAGUGUAACUAAUAUCCUUAUGGCUAAAUCCUGAAAGGCAUACUUCACUAUUUUCUUAGGAUGAAUUCCAGGUAAUUUAAGGACUAGCAUGUGCUUUUUUUAAGUUAUACUUUACGUUCUGGCGUACAUGUGCAAGACAUGCAGGUUUGUUACAUAGGCCAUGGUGGUUUGCUGCACGCAUCAACCAGUCAUCUACCUGAGGUAUUUCUCCUAAUGCUAUCCCUCCCCUAGCCCCCCCACCCCCCAACAGGCCCCAGUGUGUGAUGUUACCCUCCCUGUGUCCAUGUGUAUUCAUUGUUCAACUGCCACUUGAACAGUUGAACACUGUUCAACUGUGCUUUUUAAUGAAUAGCAUGUGCUUUUUAAUGAAUCUUAACAUGCUUCCAUAAGUUUGUUUCUAUAGUAAGUAAACUCCAAUCAACCCCUCUCCCACCCAGCCCAUGUCUUUUAAAUGCAACUGCAAAAUCUAUAGAAAUGCAACAUAUUUCCAUUAGAAAAUGAAAUCCUUUUUGAUGUAAAGUACAACAUCUUCAUUAUAAAACAGAAUUACCUUCAGUAGCUCUGAGGCUUAAAGAUCUUUGCAGUGACCCAGGAAGUCAUCCAAGGAUAGUGGAGCCCAGCCUGUCUGACACGUCUUUGAUGCUGAGCAUUGGGUGGGAUUGGGUGGAAAGUCUGAUUUUUCUCGGGUUGGAUGCUGUGCUCUAAUUGCCAGUGGCUGGAAGCCUGGCUUGUUUUUCUCUUCCUGUCAUCCAGUGCAGGGACACACAGGGAGAGUGUGAACAUAGGGUGUGUCCAAUCUAACCGUUAGGGUUUCCAAAUUAACUGUAAACUCUAAGUCUUUAAAGGUCAAUGGAACAUUUUGUUCUUUUGUUUGACUUUUCCAUUUAAAAUAGAACUUUUGCCUCUGAGAAUUUAGACAUGGACACAAAUACUAUGGAAAAAGCCAAAACAGGAGAGUUUUCUCAACACUAAAGGAGACAUACAUAUUUAGUUUCAGAUUAAUUGGCUAAAGGGUGUUUGUUGCCAGGUAAGAAGGGAUGGUUUACAGCUCCAAGCAAGGAUGGAUGGCUUCUUACUAGAACUGGCUUUAUCAGUGAACAUCUCAGGUCCUGCCUUGGCUUGGGGCCUCACCUGCAGAAGAAAUCAAAGACGGCACCAUCAGCCACUAUUGCUGGUACUUCAUUCACCUCACCUUGCCAGGGUUGCUCCAGGCAGAAAACAGCUGGAAAACUGGGGUCCCAGAGACAGAAACAAGUACACUGCAUAUUUUCUGUUGAAUAAGAUUUUUUAAACUUUUAUUUUAAGAAAAUUGAAGAUUUUUAUGCAAUUGUAAAAAAUAAUACAGAGCCUCAUAUACCCUUCAUGCAGUUCCCCCCAAUGGCAGCAUCUUGUGUAACUACAGUCUGCUAUGACAAUCAACAUAUUGGCAUUGAUAAAAUCCAUCCACCAUAUUCAGAUUUCCCAAAUGUUUCUUGCACUCAUUUGUGUGUAUUUAGUUCUAUGUGGUCUUAUCAGACGUGAAGCAUUGUUUGACCACCACUGGCAUAGUCAAUAUAAACACAAUUCUAUCACUAGUCUCCAUCCUGCUGACCUCAAACAGCCACAGCCAAUGCUUUUAUCUCCCAUCAUGAUCCUCUGACAACCACUAAUCUGUUUUUUAGUUCUCCCUCUCAAUAGUUUGUUACUUCAAGAAUGUUAUUGAAAUGAUCAUAUACUAUGUAGUCUUUUGAGAUUUGCUUUCUAUACUCCGCAUAAUUCACUGGAGAGUAAUCCAAGUUGUGUGUUUGUCACUGAGUACUAUUUAAUGGUGUGGACAUACCAGUUUGUUUAGCCAUUCACCCAUUGAAAGAUAUUUGGGUUAUUUCCAGUGUUUUUUAUUAUUACAAGAAAUGCUGCGAUGAACAUUUGUGUACAGGUUUCUGUGUAAACAUAAGCCUUUAUUUCUCUGGCAUAGCUGUUCAGGGGUGGAAUUACUGAGUCUUAGGGUAAGUGCAUGGUUUGCUUCGUAAGAAACUAUUUUCCAGAGUGGCUGUAUCAUUUUACAUUCCCACCAGCAAUGUACGAGUGAUCUAGUUUCUCUUCACUCCACCACCAUUUGGUGUUAUUGCUAGUGUUUUUUAUUUUUUGUAUUGUGACAGGUGUAUAGUGAUAUUUCAUUGAGACUUUAAUCUGCAUUUUCUAAUGGCUGAUGGUGUUGAAAUUCUUCUCAUGUGCUUAUUUGCCAUUUGUCCUCUUCAACAAAGCAGCUGUUUAUGUCUUCGGCCCAUUUCAUUUUUCCUAUUAAAUUUUGAGAAUUCAUUAUAGGGUCUAGAUUCAAGACCUUGGCGGAUAUGAGGUGUGCCAACAUUUCCUCUCAGUCUGUAGCUUGCCUUUUCAAUCUCUUCAGAGACUCUUGCACAGCACAUGUGUCUAAUUUUGAUGCAGUCCAGCUUAUCAAUUUUCUCUUUAAUGACUCAUGCCUUUGGUGUCCAAUCUAAGAACUGUGCCUGGCCCUAGGUCCCAAAGAUCUUCUCCUAUGCUUACUUCUAAAUGUUUUCUAAUAACUUUUAUGUUUUACAUUUAAGUUUGUGAUCCAUUUUGGGUUAAUUUCCACAUAAGGUGUGAGGAUUUGGUUGAGGUCCUUUUUGCAUAAGGAUGCUUGGAUAGGAUUUUUGUUUCAGGGGAAUCUUUGCCUCUUUA